GUUGGGAACAUACAUUGAGAGUAAGGAUUAUGAAAAUGCAAUAAAAAUAUUUGCUCGAAUGAAAUAUUUUUAUAGUUUGGAAAACAAUUUAAGAACAAAAGCUGCUAGUUUAACAGGAACAAUUGAAUCAUAGUUAAGGAGAAGCACUAGCUGCAUGGACUCCAGAUAGUUUGGUAAAUCCUGAAGAAUUAGGACCUUACCUAGAAGGAGAUAUGUUGAUACCAAGACCAGCUGGUCGAAAUGGAAUCAGGGCAAAAUCAGCGAGAUGGCCAAAUGGCGUUAUUCCUUUUGAAAUCAAGGGAAACUUUAAUGCUCAUGAAAUGGACUUGAUAGAACGUGCUUUGAAUGAUUACAAGACCAAAACAUGUAUUAAAUUUGUUCCACGUAUGGGAGAACCAGAUUACAUUUCCAUCAGAUCAGAUGGCAGCGGUUGUUGGAGCAGCGUUGGUCGCAUUGGAGGCGAGCAAGUAGUGAAUUUGCAGUCUCCUGGUUGUACCACCAAAAAAGGCACCGUCAUCCACGAAUUGAUGCACGCCGUCGGAUUCACACACGAACAGAACCGAGCCGAGAGAGAUAACUAUGUUUCUAUCAGAUGGUCCAAUAUCAGAUCAGGAGUUGAAUCAAAUUUUGAAAAAGUAGAGGCCUCCGAAUAUUAUGGUUUUGGAGUUCCAUAUGAUUACAGAAGCGUCAUGCAUUAUUCAGCAAAUGCUUUUUCAGUAAAUGGACAGCCCACUAUUGUAGCAAAGAAUUCCCAAGACAACUCGAAAAUGGGACAACGCGAAGGAUUUAGCUCUGGCGAUAUCAGAAAAAUUCGUCAAAUGUACAAUUGCAGGAACCUAUGACAAUUAAUUGGAGGUUUCUUCGGCUUCGAAGAUACUGAAUGAUUUACUCAAAAAUUGACCAUGAAUUUGAUAAUAUUUAAUAAUUAAUUGGCACCAUUUGUAAUACCAAGACGUCCAAUCACUGGAUUGGCAUUAGAUUUAGAUCUUGUUUGAGCACUGCCAAAAAUUUGCUGAUGUUCCUUAAUGGAACAUUUUUAUAUGGAUAAGUUUUAUAAGGACACGGAAUAUUUAUUAGUGUGUUAUACUAUAUAUAUACUUAAAAAUACGUACACAUAUAUCCGAUUUUGAAACUUCAAGAUCCUUAGAAGGAUAUCCAAUCCAAUUUUUUUUUUUAGAAA